AUGGCGCGCCUCAACGCUUUCCCUGCGAUGCACGUCCAGAAUCACGCUCUUAGAGAAGUCCCGUCCAGUCUGAAGGAAGAAUUGGCCAAGCUCGCUUCACAACAUAUGCCUUCCGGGGUUCUACUUCACUGGUAUCAGCUGGUCAAGGGACAAGGCAACCCGCCACAUUGGCUCCGCAAUCAGGUCGACUCCAGGGAACAUGAUGGCUCAGCUAUAGAGACCACAAAGCCAGCACAUGUCACUAAGUCGCUGGGGCCUCACAUUCCCAUGGGCAUCGACGAAGAAAUGAGGGCUGGAGCAGCGCAGACCGAGCCCCUAUACCCAUGCCCAUGGUGCACCAUAGUUCUGAAGCUACCAAAAGACUUCAUCCGUCACGUCAAGCAGAAGUGCUCCGCCACGGAAGUCUUCCACUGCCCAGAUUGCGCAAAGACCUUCACAAGAAAGCAACGCUUUGCCAAGCAUCACAACAACGUGCACUCUCUGAGAUGCUGUACUGGACCUUGCAAACAUAUCAAGAGAGCUACUGUCACUCUACCACAAGAGCGAACGCUUGGAUGUGGCUUCUGCAAGCAACUAUUCCACUCCGAUCUACAUGGCUACGUCCGUCACCCUAUCUGGCACUAUCGCGAAGGGUUGACUCUUGAUUGUUGGCAGUCAGGGCCCUUCGUACCAGUACAUUCGGAGAAUAUGGGACCUCCACAAAUCAAGCUUGACGCUGAGAAUGAUCUCCAGCCAUCGAGCGACUUCACGGCCCUGCGAUCUGGCUUUGGACUGACGUGCAACUUCGAUUGGUUCGAAAGCGACUUGGCCGCCAGCAGAAGUCCUACGAUCUACGACAACGACUACCCCCGUAUGGCGCCUGCGGAGGAGAAUGCGGACAAACCAUACUGGCAACUGGACGUUGCUCUGCCAAGUCUCGCUCCAGGCCAACAGCGCAGUGAAACCGGCCAAAGCAGCUCAACAACCCCAACGACUGCUUUCUUCCACGGCAUGGGUCACCACAUCAACGAACACUCCAACAUCGCUACGAGGAACACUUACAUGCUGUCCACGCAGCCAUCCUCAUCUUGGCCUCGAAAACAUCCUUUUGAUGAUGAGGCAUGUGCCGAGCUCAUCGCAGAGUGUGAACACAGCAACAUUUUCGACAGAGACGAAUACGUCCUACCGUGCUUGGAUGCGAUCAUGUCGCUGCCGGAGAGUAAAGACCAUAGGAGGACGCUUUCGAAGCGGAUCCUUGAUGCUCUCCAAAGCUUACCUGUAUUGGGGUCUGAACAGAUCACGACCGAACGCCGCUAUUUAUGA